AUGUCGUCCCAAGAACGAGCCCAGACCCACCAAUUCGAACAGAAGAAACUCGCAGUAUUCGGAAGAAGAAACGGCCAGAUUCACACCGACUGCGACGACAAAGACGGUCGCCUUUCUCUGAUGAUCGCCUGUGUCUUUGGCUACGUGGACACCGUGCGAGAAUUCCUGGAUGAAAGGGCCCAGAUCAACGGCAUGAGCUACCGUAGUCCCGCUAUGAAGAAAAUGGUCGCGAAAAUGCACUAUCAACGGGCCUUUUCUUCCAUCGUGCCUUCCGAGAAGUCAGCCCGAGAGAAAAUGUUAGAGUUGGUGGCUGGACGCACGCCUCUGAUAUGUGCCGCCGAAGAAGGCUAUACAGAGAUUGUUCGCAUGUUGUUGGAGAAUGGGGAGGAUGUUAACGAGAGGGAUACGACCGAGAAAGAAAGGUCGCCGAUUCAUUGGGCUGCCCUGGAAGGACAAGCGGAGGUUGUCAAGCUUUUGCUGGAGAAGGGGGCGAAUGUCGAGGCCCGAGACGUCAAUAUGGAUACACCGUUGUGUUUGGCCAUUACAACAUCUAAGUCCGCGGUGGUGGAUUUGCUCCUGAAACAUAAUGCCAAAGUCAAUGUCAGGAACUCUGAAAGCCUAACCCCCUUGGCUAUGUCGGCCGCAGUCAAGGUGCCUGAAGAACAAGGGCUCUCGGCGUGGAAGAUCAUCAUGCGGCGUCUUAUCAAAGAGGGAAAUGAUCUUGAAGCCCGAGUUGAACAAAGGGGCUUCACCCCACUGAUGCUAGCUGCAUCUCGAGGUCGUGUCGAUGCAAUGGAGCAGCUCUUGGAGGCCGGGGCUAACACUGAAGCCCGUGAUUUCGACAAUCGAACGGCAUUGUUUCAAGCCGUGUUUUCGGGUAAUCCUGGAAUGGCAAAGCUACUCCUCGACCACAACGCUAGGCCUGAUCAUCUUGACAAUCAAGGAGGCUCGCCGCUGGAGUAUGCAGUGUCUCUCGGUAAUAAUUGUCCGUGCCAGCUUCAGGACAGUGCGAUCUUCGACAUGACAGGAGUAGUGGAUAUGCUCUUGAAAAGCAAGCCUGACUUGCUGUUCGUACAAAAUAGACUGGAGAUAACCGCAAUCGGGUCAGCUAUCGCCUACGGUAACCCGGAGAUGGUGGAGCACCUGCUCAACUACCCAGGUGGCAACAUCGAUCAGGGUAGGAUGCGCAUGCCUCCUUUGUGUCAGGCUGCACUUCUGAGCAAUGUAGCUAUCAUCGAUGUCCUCAUACAGGGAGGUGUGUCCCUGAAAGCUACGGACGGUCGCUUCGGGCGAAAUGCUCUCUCCUGGGCAGUCACUGGGGGCAACAAUGCUACUUUCACGCGACUUCUGCACACCCCUGGACUCGGAAGGGACGAUGUGGACCGGAUAGGCAGGACUCCACUCUUCUGGGCUAUUGUCGGGGGUCAUACGGCUUUCUUUGAGGAGCUCAGAUCGCGUGGUAGCGACGUUCAUCGCCCGGAUCGAUUUGGCCUCACGCCUUUGUUUGCGGCUGUUCAGCAUGGUUACUGUGGCAUGGUCUUGCAAAUUCUAAAGUACCGUCCUCUCAAGCAUGAGCCCAAGGAUCGCUUUGGUCGCAGUCUCACAUGGUGGAUACGAUUGACGGGGUUUACUCGAAUGCGAGACGUUUUGAGUAGUUGCGGUAUGCAGCUAAGUGGUGAUGAACAGGCAGAACAAGGCCAGUUUCAGCUUGGGGAGGCAGAAAACAGAUCCAUGCAAACUUGCGACGUCUGCACCAUGAACCUUUCUCGGGACAAUAGAGGGGUUGAAUGUGGUGCCGGAUGCGAGAAGUACAGAAUAUGCCACAUUUGUUGUGCAUUUGGCGCCAGUUGCGAGGAUUUUGCGAAAUAG